GCCGCGCCUCAGCCAAUGGGCGUUCAGGGGCCGGCAGCGCUGACCAAUCGUCGCCCAGGAGGCGGGCCGGUGGCCAAUGGGGGCGGUCGGCGCGCAGGGGGCGGGUCAGAGGCGCUGCGAGGCGCGCACGGACCAGAGCGCAGCGCCGUCCGCUCCGCGCGCCGGUCCCGCAGCGCCCGCACGGCAAUCAUGAGUGAUCGAAAGGCAGUGAUCAAAAAUGCGGACAUGUCAGAGGAGAUGCAGCAAGACUCGGUGGAAUGUGCAACUCAAGCCUUGGAGAAAUACAACAUCGAGAAGGACAUCGCUGCUCACAUAAAGAAGGAAUUUGACAAGAAAUACAAUCCCACGUGGCACUGCAUCGUGGGCAGGAACUUUGGCAGCUACGUGACUCAUGAGACCAAGCACUUCAUCUACUUCUACCUCGGCCAAGUUGCUAUUCUUCUUUUCAAGUCUGGCUAGAACCAUGGACUGUUACUGAAACUUGCACCUGGGCACAGGACUGCACAGUGAUUCCCACCUUCAGCCUUCCUGGGGAAACACAUCUUGAUCUUCAGGUCUUGUAUUGUAUUGUUGAUGGUCAGGGAUUUUGCUCUAGCAGCUGGUAUUUUCAUUGUGGCUAUAUAGAAAAGCAAAAAUGUCUUCCUUGUAUUUAUUUUCUUUCAAAAGAUGGCUUCUUUGCUAAUAAAACCGUUUAUCCCUUU